AAGUGUUUUACUUUUCGAAAGCAGAGGGCGAAGUCUCCGCCAAACUCACCCAACAUUGUCCACUAUGGACUGAGUCACUGACUGACUGACUCGUGUCUCGCUCACCAAGAUCUGCGCCCAGACACGCUCUCAAUCGUAUCACCGUCUUCAUUUCUCCCUCUCUUUUAUUAUAAAAUGGACCGGAACCGAACCGACAGUCCUGUUUACGCGCGCCAAUGGAGCAGCGAGUCCGGUAGCACCUCCUCUCCUGUAAUGUCUCCUGCGCGUCACCACCACGCUCGUUCUUCCUCCGUUAGUGGAAUGUCUACUAUUAAGCGGAAUCAGAACUUCGCUGCUAAAGCUGCCGCUCAGCGUCUCGCUCAGGUCAUGGCUUCUCAAACCGCUGACGAUGAUGUCGACGACGACAAUGAUGACGAUCUAGAUUUUCGUUACAGUGCUCAUCCGCCUCUGUCAUUGACUCUGACAAAGAACGUUAGUUCUGGUUCAAAUGCUGCUAUUGCAAGCACUGGUAUUAAUAAACCGGCGGUUACGUCUGCAAGAACCACGAGAUCUCCUUCACCUGCGUCGUUAGGAAGGAACUUAGGUGAAGAAACUCCCUCGGUUAGAUCAACGUCAGCUGGACGGCCGGCAAUGUCUCUUCGUACGACGCCGUCUCUGCCACCUAAUAAGGUGCCACUUAGGACUGCUGUUUCAUUACCUCCUAUUGACCCUCCCAAAAAUGUUCCCAGAGACAAAAGGUUCUCACCGGAUAUGGGACGUUUUCAUGCAAAAGCAAAUGGAGAUCAACGUGAGGCUUCUGCGCUUCAUGAUGAACUCGAUAUGCUACAGGAAGAGAAUGACAAUAUUCUUAAUAAGCUCAGACUUGAGGAAGAGAGAUGUGAAGAAGCAGAGGCCAGGGUCAGGGAGCUUGAGAAACAGGUUGCUGCUCUUGGAGAAGGUGUAUCCUUGGAAGCUAAACUAUUGAGCCGGAAGGAGGCUGCAUUGCGUCAGAGAGAGGCUGCACUCAAGGACAUAAAACAAAAUAAGGACGGGGCAAAUAAAGAAAUUGCAUCUCUUCGGUCUGAACUGGAGAAUACUAGAGAUGAAACUGCUGCUGUUGUACAAAAACUUCGUGGAGCUGAAUCUGAAGUGAGAGCCCUUCGCUCAAUGACACAAAGAAUGAUACUGACUCAGAAAGAGAUGGAAGAAGUUGUUCUUAAGAGGUGUUGGCUUGCACGUUACUGGGGCUUAGCUGCAAAAUAUGGGAUCUGUGCGGAUGUAGCAGUUUCAAAGUAUGAAUACUGGUCUUCCUUGGCUCCACUUCCUUUUGAGGUUGUCAUUUCUGCUGGACAAAAGGCUAAAGAAGAAUUUUCAGAAAAAGGAGAUGAUGACAGUGAGAAGAGAGGCAAAUUGGUUCUGGACUUGACAGAUCUAACUGGAGAAGGGAAUAUUGAGAGUAUGCUGUCAGUUGAAAUGGGUUUGAAGGAGCUUGCUUCCUUGAAGGUUGAAGAUGCUAUUGUGCUUGCAUUGGCCCAACAACGGCGUGCCAAUUCUGCCCGACUAUACAACUCAGAUCUCAAAUCUCCUGGUGGUGAUCCAAAGUUGAUAGAGGCAUUUGAACUUAGCCCAGAGGAGUCUGAGGAUGUUCUUUUCAAGGAGGCAUGGCUGACAUACUUCUGGAGAAGAGCCAAAGCCCAUGGCAUAGAGGAGGACAUUGCCAAAGAACAACUUCAGUUUUGGAUCAACCGCAGUGGACACUCACCCAGUUCACAUGAUGCUGUAGAUGUUGAGCAAGGUUUGACGGAGCUAAGGAAACUGGGAAUUGAGCAUAGACUGUGGGAAGCUUCACGCAAAGAAAUCGACUUAGAUUCUUCCACGUCCAGCGCCCGAAAACUUGUGAAAUAACUGAAGAUUUCUGCUGGGUUAGUGUGGUCCUGAGAUGCUUGUUUAUUUGUUAUUUAAUUUAGUUUUCCACUUCUAUUAUAUUCUCCAUCAGCUCAUGAUCAUCCCAAUGAUUAUGGUUGUUAGUUUGAGAUGAUACGCAGCAUCAUAUAAUAUAUUAUAAGUGAAAAAUAAUAUGUAUUUUCGGAUAUAUUAGAAAUUGGUACAAUAUAGUGGUUUAUCAUACAAUACAAUAUUUAUCAUUUUAUAUCGGUAAUUUUAUCGAUAUGAACUAA